AUGGCCGGUGAUCGGGCCCAGGCUAUGACGGCCAGAGCUCUGGAAAACCUCUCCAACGACCCGGAUUUAGAUGAAUCGUUGGCCAGCGGUGCUGCUCUUGCGUAUGGUGGCCCCGUCCCGCGAGUGCCCAGCCGCGCUAAGAGAGCCGCUGUUGCAGGAGGAGGAGCAGGGUCCUUGCCAGGAACAUCAACAGCGGGUGCCCCGAGAUCAUCGCCAAGGCCGGGAAGAGACCGCGCUGUUCCUGCCCCCGCCCGGCCGCGACCGCCUCCGAAACGCGGGCCCGUCGUGCUGCUACGGGGAGCCCGGGCGGAGGCAGCGAAGAAGGCCCUCGCGCUAAAUCUCAAGCUCCAGACGGCUCUGCGGAAGGAGCUCAGCGUCGUGGACGAGUCCUUGCAAAGAAACAAAGAGAUUCUGAAGACCGCCGAGGAACGGCUGUCCUCCCGGAGGUGCAUGGGCAUCACCACCAGCACUGAGAAGUUCAGGUGGUCCAAGGCCGUCAGCAAGUUCCUCUCGGUCAACGGACACCCGGGGAAGCUUGGGCUCCACAAGGAACAGGAGGCCAUGCUCCGCAGCGAUCCCAUCCCAUGGCAGAGCCGGGAUGUCAAGGCCCUGCUGAACCACAUUUCCGCGGAGUAUCCCGAUGCGGUUAGCCCCGUCACCGCCGAAGAGACCCUCCGCAAGAUCGACUGGGAGAAGGCGGCCCUCUCGGUCGACCAGACCACACAUCGAGGCAUCAAGCGGCAGCGGUUGCGCCGCGUCCGCACGGCCGAGGAGUGCCGCUUGAGGUGGACUCACGUCGACAUGCCCGGAGCCACAACCGGUACCACGUGGUCCAAGGAAGAGGACUUAGCCAUCAUGGUGCAGGCCGAUGAACGGGGCGCCAGAGAGUGGGUCAAGAUCGCAGAGGAGGUGCGCAAGGUCAACGGGGGCCUGAAGCAGCGGUCGGCCAUCGACUGUCUCAGGAGAUACCAGGCCACCCUCAACACCAAGCUCGUGAGUUGGAACAGGUGGAGCCCACAAGAGGACGAACUGCUGCACGAUGCCAUCAAGCGUCACGGCUGCAAGGCGUGGCUUAGUGUGGCGCGAGACGUGCCGGGGAGGAGUACGCUCCAGUGCUACAACCGUUUCCUCAAGAGCGGUCUCCAGUGGCUCGCCGCGUCGGCGGCCCCCCGGCCACCACCGCCUCAUCACGACCACCACCACCACCACCUCCAGCCGAAGCCUGAACCUACCACCGGCCACGCCGACACCGCAGGCGGGGACGGCGAAACGCCUCCCCAAGGCGGCUUCGCCAAAGAGGAGGGAGAGGAGGAGGAGGAGGAGGAGAGCAACGAAGAAGAGGGAGAGGAAGACGAUGACGACGACAACGACGAAGAUUUUGUGCCGCCGGGCGGAGGCGGGGGCGGCGGCGGAGUCCGCUCGCGAGGGCACCACCCUAACGCCUCCCCGGCGGCCAGGCACCGCGACCACCACCACCACCGGCCCCCCGACCACCCCAACCCACGAACGAACCGGAGCUGGGGCACCUGGACGCUGGACGAGGAGCGCCACCUCUGCCUCGCGGUGCGCGCGCUCAUGCCGAGGGAGAGGCGGAUGGGGGGCCCGCCGUUCGGGGGGGGCGACGGAGGGGGAGGGUCUGCUGCUGCUGCUGCUGCUGCUGCUGCGGGGAAGAGCGGCGAAGGGAGGAAGAGGCGGCGAGAUUCUGACGGUGGCGAGCCUAGGCCGUCAGGGGGCGGGGGGAGGGCACCGGAGACGGGCACGCGAGGGGGACACCCUCGAAAGAACGGCCGCAGCAGUAGCAGCAGUAACAGCAACACGAACAUGCUGGAUUGCUUCGAGGGGGUGAACUGGCAGGAGGUGGCGAGGCUCAUGUCGAACGGAAGGAGCGACAAGCAGUGCCGGCUCAAGUGGUUCGAGGCGAUCGACCCUUCCGUGAACCGCCAGAGGGAGUGGGACGCGGAAGAGGACGCGCGGCUGCGCAAGGCGGUGGAGGCUAGGGGGAUGGGGGAGUGGAGGGCCGUAGAGAUGGACAUGGCGAGCUGGGCGCAGAAGCGGGGCGUGCUCAGGCGCACCGACCACUCGUGCCGGAGGCGGUACAUCGCCAUCGAGCCGGAGAAGCACGAGAAACACUUAAGGUACGUGCAAGACCGGCGGGAGGUAGAGCCGAGGCUAAACGCCCCCUGCCUCGCCGCCCACGGCUUCGGCAAGACCGAGGUCACCCUGAAAGACUUCGACCUUGUUGACGACGAGCUCAACGGAAGCAACCAUGACGGCGGCGACGGCGGCGACGACGACGACAAGUGGUAG